GACUGGGGUGUCAGUUUCUGUUCCCAAGGCUUAAUGGUGCCUGGGUUAAAGAGAAAUGUGUCAUUACAGGAAUCGGUGUCAUUUGAGGACGUAGCUGUGGACUUCACGAGGCGGGAGUGGCAGGACCUGGAUGCUGCUCAGAGGACCCUCUACAGGGAUGUGAUGCUGGAGACCUACAGCAGCCUGGUGUUUGUGGGGCACUGCACAACCAAACCUGAGUUAAUCUUCAAGUUGGAGCAGGGAUUUGGGCCUUGGAGUAAAGCAGAAGCCUCAAUCUGGAAUGUUCGAGGUCUGUGAAUGUAUACUGGGCAAAGGAGGUAAACCAGAAGAGAGAUGGCUGGGGUUGGCCACAGCCCUGAAAACAGCUGGUCAUAUGAUCCAGGCACAUGGCUUUUGCAGUCCUUAGAGAGGUCUCCCUAUCAAGCCACCUUGCUAGUUCUGUUGAUAUAAUUACCCCAUAUAU